AUGGAAAUAGACAAGGAUGUCGAAGUUAAAGUUCUUGAAGAUGAUGAAGCGUGGAAUCUCUUUAAGGACAAAGUUGGGGAGGAACUUGUGCUAUCAGAUCCAGAUUUGCAAUCAAUUGCCAUGGAAGUGGCCAAAGAAUGUGGUGGUUUGCCCCUAGCUAUCAUUGCAAUUGGACGUGCAUUGAGGAACACAACUAGUAUAAGAGAGUGGCAGAAUGCAUUAGAAGAGUUAAGAACCUCAAGUGAUGGUAUAUACAACAUUGAUGAAGCAGUAUGCUCUCGUUUGAAGUUGAGCUAUUCAAAACUAAAGGAUGAUACAAGGCAAUCUUGCUUUCUAUUUUGUGCUUUAUACCCAAAAGGUCAUCUAAUUGAUGAGAAUGAAUUGAUUAAUUACUGGGUAUGGGAAGAUUUAUUAGGUGGUGGAAGUAUGGCCGAGAUGAAACGAAAGGGGCAAAAGAUUAUACGCCAAUUAAUAUCUGCUUGCUUGUUGGAAUUAAAAAUUGAGAAUGGGGUGAGAUAUGUGAAAUUGCAUGAUUUGAUAGGAGAUAUGGCCCUCACAAUCAUGAGUACAAAGCCUAGAUGCAUUGCGAAAGCUGGCAUGGGACAAGUAAAACUGCCACCGCCUCAGGAAUGGAAAGAAGAUGUUCAGUGGGCAUCAUUGAUGCGAAAUGACGUGAAAUAUAUAGGAUUCAGUCCAAUGUGUCCCAGACUCACUUCUUUACUCCUUCAAUGCAACUCAUUUGAACAAAAUAUAUUAGAUGACUUCUUUGACAAUAUGCAAGGGCUAAAAGUUCUUGAUCUCUCCUAUACUGGGAUCAGUGCUCUGCCUAUGUCUCUUUCAGAUUUGAAGAAUCUACGUGCCUUGAUAUGUAGCCAAUGUUGA